CUCAUUCACUGUGAGCAUACAACAGAAGAAACUUGGGUUUCUUCCUUUUUUGCUCUCAGUUUUGGUUUUCUAUUUCAUCAGAAUCUCAGUGAUCAGUAUAAACCAUGGCUGAUGAUGAGGAAAUCCAACCUCUUGUAUGCGAUAAUGGCACUGGAAUGGUUAAGGCAGGUUUUGCUGGAGAUGAUGCUCCAAGGGCAGUCUUCCCAAGUAUUGUUGGUCGGCCUAGGCAUACAGGUGUUAUGGUCGGAAUGGGGCAGAAAGAUGCCUAUGUUGGGGAUGAGGCCCAGUCAAAAAGAGGUAUUCUCACGUUAAAGUACCCUAUCGAGCAUGGGAUUGUUAGCAACUGGGAUGAUAUGGAAAAGAUUUGGCAUCACACUUUCUACAAUGAGCUUCGUGUGGCUCCUGAAGAGCAUCCUGUGCUACUUACUGAAGCUCCCCUGAACCCUAAGGCCAACAGGGAAAAAAUGACACAGAUUAUGUUUGAAACAUUUAAUGUCCCUGCCAUGUAUGUUGCUAUCCAGGCAGUGCUCUCCUUAUAUGCUAGUGGACGUACUACAGGUAUUGUGUUGGAUUCUGGUGAUGGAGUUAGUCACACAGUCCCCAUCUAUGAAGGUUAUGCACUUCCUCAUGCAAUCCUUAGGCUUGAUCUUGCUGGAAGGGAUUUAACAGAUGCCUUGAUGAAGAUCCUUACAGAGAGAGGGUACUCAUUCACCACAACUGCUGAACGGGAAAUUGUAAGAGACAUUAAGGAGAAGCUUGCAUAUGUGGCUCUUGAUUAUGAGCAGGAGCUUGAAACUGCUAAAAGUAGCUCUUCAAUUGAGAAGAGCUAUGAGCUACCUGACGGCCAGGUUAUCACCAUCGGUGCAGAGCGUUUCCGUUGUCCUGAGGUCCUAUUUCAACCAUCACUCAUUGGAAUGGAAGCACCUGGAAUUCAUGAAACCACUUAUAAUUCGAUCAUGAAGUGUGAUGUUGAUAUCAGGAAAGACUUGUAUGGUAACAUAGUGCUCAGUGGUGGAUCUACCAUGUUUCCAGGAAUAGCUGAUAGAAUGAGUAAGGAGAUCACAGCUCUUGCUCCAAGUAGCAUGAAAAUCAAGGUGGUUGCACCUCCUGAGAGAAAAUACAGUGUCUGGAUUGGAGGGUCUAUACUGGCUUCUCUCAGCACUUUCCAACAGAUGUGGAUAUCAAAGGGAGAGUAUGAUGAAUCAGGACCCUCCAUUGUUCAUAGGAAGUGCUUCUAGAUAUGCAAUUGCCAUUUUGCCCCCCUUUUUCCCAUUCCUUAUUUAUCAUUAUGGUUUUGGAUUGUGAGACCGUGUAGUAUCGGCGUGUUUGGUUCGGUUUUGCUCCUCUGUGGUUUUGUUCUCUUUCUCACCUACAUGGUCACAAUAUGAAACAUGUACUUGUUGGUACAUGUAAAUCAUGUGUAGAUUGCCUUUUUAUCUUCUCCAAGUCAUUGCCCCAUAAAUAGCAUUAAUGUGUUUGAUCACUACAAUCAUUCAGUCUCUUCCUUUGUU